CUCACGGGACAACGCCCGCCCCCCCGGAGUGCAGCACAGAAGGAAAUGGACGCGUCUCGUCUCUCCCGGGACUUUUUCUUUUCUUUUCCAAGUUGACUGGAGCGGCCACGAAGCAGUAGCAGCAGCAGGAGUUAUCUCCCGGUGGAGUCGGCGGCACGGAGCCUUCUCGUUUCUUUGUGUUUCCUUUCCGCCCGCCUUCGCCUCUUCUAAUGGAUCCUCGACGCGCGCCUCUGUGUUUGGCGCUCCUGUGGAUCGUCGCGCAGAUGCUGGCGGGCUCAGAGUCGGUGAUGAUGACCAUACAAGGGAACACCACUGUCGCCAUUGCCUCUACAUCCCCCAGCAGUAAAUGCGCCAUAUGCAUUACAACUAAUGGCAAGCAGGCCUGCACUGCCAACAUCACCCUCACCCCGGGCCCAAACAGGACGUUUGAAUUCAACUGUACACAGCCACAGGAUUUCUUCAACAUAGAGAUCGUCAGGAGUAUAAAUUGCAGCUCUAAUUCAUGUGCUUCUGAUGUCACUGAACUGCUCUCCUUGGAUUUCCCAAACUUCAACAGGACCUUGGUUUGGAUGAUCAAGGUUUCUCCUCAAAGGUCACUUGUGUUGAAUUUCCCAGGAACUGGCAUUAGCCAAAUAAACCCUUUGGAGAACUGCAAAGAUCAGAUGACUUACACCAUCCUGACAAAAACAAAUUAUAACCCGACAAGUAUUGGCACGUUUUGCAGGCAAGGUGCCAUUUCUAAAAUAAAUGUCAUGAAUGAAACAAAGCUGUACCUCAGGAUCCUGGGCAAGGAAAAGGUGAAUCAGCCAGGGUUUACCAUCGAGAUCACAAAGUCAAUCAAACGGCUUGGCAUUGUUGAAGUGGUUUUGUCACCAGGUUUGACCUAUGAGUUUCUUUCACCCAACUACCCCCAGAGUUUCCCUGAUGACGACCUGAUGUCCUGGAAUUUUGGUGUCCCUCAGAAACACAAUGCCACAAUCCAGUUUCUAAAUUACAGUCAGCCUGAAUGUGAGAAGAAGAGUGUAGCAGUAGAAUAUGGUCUGACAUAUACACCGACUAUUUCCAAACCAUUGACAGAAGUUUGGCAAAAUCCUAUUUCUGGAAACUUUAACAUGUCUCUUCGAAACUGUGAAAUGACACCCAAUGACCCUGGGAUUCUCAACUUGCAAUUUCAAGUGCAGGUCUCCAAUACCAGCUUACCGGCACGCUAUACUAUUGACCUACAGAAAGAGUAUGGAAUGCAUUUGAAAAUAAAGCAGAAGAAAGUAAAUCGAGACUGUCAGAUCUGCAUCUCUACAGACUGUCAAUCAGAAAUUACCCUGCAGUCGGGCAACAUUACAGAUUUACUCAUUCGUGACUGCAAUAUAGAACAUCUUGGUAUGGAAAUUAAUAAAGUCAUAGGAUGUGACGACUUUCAAAACUGCAAUGUUAUUAAUAUGCCUCUCACCAUACCGACUGUUCUAGCCAACCUGCCCUUCUCCCUGGAAAGUUUUACCUGGCAGGUUUUGGCUCCUGAUAAUGGUGCCAUAGAGUUGGUACCCAGCAAAGGCAAAUUACAACAGCUACUACCUGGACAGAAGUGCAGUGGGACCUUCUAUUAUAAACUCGUAAAGGCAGACCAAUCUGUGAUGGGCACCUUUUGUUCUCAAGGGUCAAUUGAAAAAGUUCAGAUCCAUUCUAAUAUCUCUGUGGUUCUGCUGCCAGUGGAAAAGGGAAAUGCCAGUGAAGCCAUGGAUCCGACUUUUAAUGUUUCCAUUGGAAAUGAGAUUGCUGAAAGCUACAUUUUCACAGUUUCCCCUGAUAAGGAGCUCCCAGUCUACCUAGUGAGCCCACAUUGGCCUGCAGGGAUGCCCUCCCUGGCAUCUGUCUCCUGGAAUAUAUCUCUUCCUCCAAAGACACAGGCUGAGCUCCAGUUCUUCAAUACUACAAGGCCGGAGUGUGUAAAGGGCCAUGCAGUUAUCGGCAUUAUGGGUCAUAACUCUAAAGAAGAAGAACUAAGCUUCCGAGAAGAUGUCGCCCUCCCGGGAUCGGUGACCAUGCUGCAGAGUUUCUGGCUGAAUAUUACCAACUGUGAAAGUUUAGGUCGCCGACAUGUGCUAAAAGUGGGGAAUGCGAUCAUUGUAAAAAGUCAAGACAAUACCAAGAAAAUUAUCUUCGGCGUAGUCUGUGCUGCUUUGGCAGUUGUGGCUAUAAUUACAACUGCCUGCUGUGUUUCAAAAAGAAGGCUGAAGAAGCGCAGAGAGCCCAAAGUUUCGAUCUAUAACCCAGGUGGGAACAUGUUUUAUCCAGGACAAGGAAAAUUUCCCAAAGGAAGAAAGGAUAAUGAAUCGCACAUUUAUGCUGACAUUGAUGAAACUAUGAUUUAUGGCCACCUCCUUCGAGACACUGACAGCUCAAUCACUCCCGAGGUGGAUGUUUACCGGCCUUUUGUUGGACCAGGUGGGGAUAUGCCCCCUACUCCUCCUCCUGUAGUUACACGAGGGUUGCCUACCCACAUUGGCUCCAGCAAAAUGAUAGAUAAUGAGCUGUACACUUUCAACCAGCAUAAGCAGAAGAGCAUCCCACAGGGCAACGGAGAUGGACCUGCACAGAUACUUACCGAGGGAGAAGGCGACGAAUCCUUGGAAGUGGAAAAUGACUGUGAAAAUGAGAAGGAAGAGUCAAAGUUGUAGAAACAAACAAGGAAGUCUGACUCCAUGUUAACUGUGUGCUACUGCACUGAUGGACACAUAAGGUGGUCCAGAAGACCACUGGCACGUAUGUGUGCAGAUA